UGCGUCACAAAUACUUUGGAAAUGACUUCGGAAUGCUAUUAAGUAUGAUCAGCUACGAAAGUUAAACAUUGAUUAAUAAAUUCUUAAUGAUUCUAUUUAUCUGUGUUAAUAUGUGAAAAAAGAAUCUGAAAGUAAUGAUAUUGAUUAAAUUAACAAACAAACAAAUAAAUAAAAUGUUUAAAAAAUGUAAUGUAACAAAAAGUCUAAUUGAAGUCACAGAAGAAUAACCUUUUACCAAGAUGACACAAUUCAUUGGCACGAUAUUAUGAAUUGAUAAUUAACUUUAACUUGGUACUGCGGUGGUUUCUGGAUGAUAAUUAUUAAACUGUAAAGAAGAUAUAUUUUACUAAAAUUAUUCCAUGAUUUAGUCUUUUUUUUUACUUAUUCCACAAUCUAGUCUUAUAAUCUAAUCACGAUUAAUAAUCAUCAUAGAAGUUUUUAUUCUCUGCAACAAUGAUAAAUGGGAUGAUUAAUCUCUAUUAAUAAAUAUUUAUUAUAAAUAUAAUAUAGAGUAUAUAAAUAUAUAAUAUAAUAUAUGUGAAACUCAAUGAAAGUUAAGGUUUAACAAGUUUGUAUCAAGGCUCAUUUCUAAAGAUAUGUCAAAACACAUCGAGUUACAACAUUUAGUUGACGAAGAUGUGGAAAGUAAUACAGCCUUCCAUCAAAAGCAAAUUUCAGCCCCAAUUUGUAAAUCAUGUCCAUAUCUUGGUUUAGUACUAGCAACACUUUCAUCUUUAUUUUUCUCAUUAUGUAGCGUUAUUGUUAAAGGAUUAGUAGAAAUUAAUCCAAUGGAAUUGGCAGCAUUUCGAUUCGUUGGGGUAUUAUUACCAGCAAUACCAAUUUUAAUUUACAAAGGUGAACAUCCGUUUCCCAAAGGACGUCGGAUAAUGUUAAUAUUGCGAAGUUUUGUAGGUACAACUGCUCUCGUGCUUAGUUUUUAUGCUUUUAGAUAUAUGCCUUUAGCGGAUGCUUCCAUUGUAGUAUUUUCCGUGCCUGUAUUUGUAGCAAUAUUUGCGAAAAUAUUUUUGAAAGAGCCUUUUGGAUUAUUUAACAUAUUGACCGUAUGUUUAACAUUAAUUGGGGUUGUUUUAAUAACUCGUCCACCGUUAAUAUUUGGAAAUACCAUAGAAUCUCUAUCAGAUGGUAAUAAUACAUCGGAACAUGCAAAUUUAUGGGGUGCAAUAGCAGCAUUUUCUGCAACUUUAUUUGGUGCUAAUGUUUACGUCUUAUUGCGUGCAUUAAAAGGUCUUCAUUUUUCUGUUAUUAUGACAAAUUUUGGAUCGCUUGCUCUAAUACAAACAGUUAUUUUUUCUUGGGCAAUCGGUGCUCUUUGUUUACCUCGUUGCGGAGCCGACAGAUUGUUGGUUGUUGCUCUUGCAUUAUUCAGUUUUGGAGGUCAAAUUUUACUUACUUUAGCUUUACAAAUAGAACAGGCUGGUCCUGUCGCUAUAGCAAGAUCGACUGAUAUAGUUUUCGCAUUUUUCUGGCAAGUUCUCUUUUUCAACGAAAUACCUAAUAAAUAUUCGGUAGGUGGGGCAAUCUUGGUAACAAGUUCUGUUUUAUUGAUAGGAUUAAAAAAGUGGGCUGUGUCAUUGCCCGACACAUCCAAUAUUAAGAGAUCAUUGAGCAUAUUAGCAAUGUAGUUUAGAAAUACGAGAUAAAUUAAUUGAUAUAAAGUUUUUGAAUAAUUUUUAAAUCUGCGGGUGUUCCUAAUAUAUGUCACAAUUAUGUUAUUGUCUUAUCGUAUCUUAUAUUAUAUGUAUAUGAAUAUUUUCAAAAUACACAUUUGUUUAAACAUAAUAUAUCUACCGUUAUAUUAUGUAGACAUAUUCAA